AAGAGAUAUAAUUUCAUGUAAACAAUGUGCAGAAGGAAUUACAACUGGGUUUUUUUUCUCGUGAAAUAUAUAUAAAAGUGUUUUAUUGAUAAAUUUAUAAAGUGUCAUGUACAUUAAAGUUAUUCAGUUCAACCGCGGUGUGUCUAUUGUUUGCACUUGAAAUAUCUCUCAAAUAAGUUUGUGGUUUUGGGUAUGUAAAGGAUAUUUGUAAUUCAGCGAUUGUCAGAUUUCUAUCUGUGACAUGUUCCAGGACGAUCUCUGUCUCCGGGGAUACCAGUCGGUGUAAGUUAGGAUGAGUUAGAUUUUCCUUCCUCUUUCCAAAUAUGAUUUAAGUGGAUACUUUGAAAACUUAACGAUGCGGAAACAGAAGAGCGGAUUUGUCAUAUAGUUUUACGACGAUAUGGAGUGUGCAUGAGAGCAAAGUGGUGAGAAACUGGAAUCAUCACUAUGACGACGUACUUAGUUGUUGUUCUUCUACUGAAUACUCCCCGAAUCAUUCAAACAUUUUAUCUAACAAGAGAGACAGAUGACCCAUCUUCGGAUCUCAGAAAAAUCGCCAUUGAUAAAAAAUCCGGAGACAUUUUUGCCGGUGGGAAAAAUGCUUUAAUGCGAAUGAAUUCCAAUUUUGAAAAAAUGUUCAGUAUUUCUGUGGGACCAAGGAAAAACAGUAAAAAUUGCCCACCAUCAGAAAUACACACUUGUGCAAAUGCAACACUAACUGAUAAUGUUGUAGAAGUCUUGGAGUACUUUCCAGCGAUAAACCAAACCAUUAUGUGUGGGUCUGUGCAGUACGGAAACUGUAGCUUAUUGUAUAAAAAUAAUAUCAAACCGUUACCUGACAGAGAACCUGCAAAUUAUUUAGGAAGCAAGUAUGGGUCCAUUAUUGUACCAUUUCAGAAAACAACAGGUUGGGUUUAUUUUACUGGAACGAGUUGGGAUGGGAGAACUCUCAAGCAAAACACGCACAACGAAUUUUCUUUUAAGAGGUUUGAUGAUUCAGUCUUUUCCCGCGAAACUGCGUAUUCUGAACUUCGGCUUUGCGUCCGAGAACGACAACAAUCGAAUCUGAAAUUCAUUUAUGGAUUCCAAGAUGAAAACUUUGUGUAUUCGAUCUAUCUAAAAAUAAGAAAAGAGGGUGGAACAGAGCAUUUUGAAACCAAAAUAUCGCGGAUUUGCAAACUUGAUGACUACAUGGGCACGUUUCAAGAAAGAAUAUUAAAGUGUAAUCAGCAUAAUAUUGCAACUGCUGCUUAUUAUUCUGCGAAAGAGCAUUUGUAUGUGGCUUUCGGAACAGGACGUGGGUCUUUGGAAGCUGGGCCUUCCUCAGUAGUCUGCAGAUUCCGGGAUAUAAAAGAACAAUUUGACGAUGAUUUUAAGAGUUGUUACACCUAUUUGACAAGUUCCGGAUAUACUCCUCCGAGAUGGAAAAACUGCAACAAUGACAGAAAAUACAUGUGUAAAAGAAAUAAAAAUUUUACGCUGGACAACUUCUGUACAAAAGAUAGGCAUUUAGAUGGAAUUGAAAAUUUAGAGCACUGGAACCCUCAUAGAGUUUCAUUGAUACAAACAGACAACAGUAAAUUGUUCACAUCCGUUUACGCUCAGAAUCUAACAGGGCAUUCAAGUGAAAUACUAUGGGUCGGAACCAGCGAUGGACUGCUUUUAAAGGCAGAUAGCAACUCACCUAAAGUAUAUGGCAGAUUUGAUCUGACAAAAAACAGAAGCAUCAAGAUAGAAGCGGAUGUAGAAACAGAUCAGAGUGGGUCGUACGCUUAUUUUUUAUACGGAAAUAAGGUUUCGAAAUUCCCAUUAUACUCGUGCCAAUUUCACACGACCUGUGGAGCAUGUGUAAAGAGUAAUGAUUCUUUGGUAUGUGGUUGGUGUAAAGAUGCUUGUCUGCAGGAAGGGGAGUGUGCAACCACGUGGUACAAUACAAGCUGUCCGCCAUUCAUUCACAAGCUUUCUCCAGAAAGCGGUCCAGUAGAGGGUGGCACCGUGCUUUAUUUGACGGGAGAAAAUUUUGGGAAACCCAAUAUUUCGUCUUCCUCGGUAUCCAUUGGAACAUCCAAAUGUGAAGAGAUCGAAUGGAACGAUACAAACAUAUGUUGUAACCUGACAUCGUCAGAAAAUGGACCCUUUACAAGUCAAAUCAUAGUAGAAAUUCAUCCCCAAAAGUCUAUAAAUGGCUACGAAAUUAAAGGAAAAUCAGAAGUAGGCGUAUUCAACUUCUCAUUCAAGGUUCCGGUGGUGACGUCUAUGAGUCCUUCGUUUGGUCCACGACGCGGUAAUACCAUCGUAACCAUCACUGGGAACAAUCUAGACAUUGGUUCCAAUACCUUUCUAUCCAUGUGUCAAGUUAUCAGGAAAAGUUCUUCCAACCUUGUCUGCAAAAUAAAUGAGUGUCUGCUUGUUCAAUCUGGCAGAGUUGGUAUGAAAUACACCAAACAGUGUCCGUAUUGUGAUGACGUCAUAAUGGAGAUUGACAAAUUUAAAACCGUUAUCAAUGGAACAUUUUGUUACAAGCAAAACCCUCAUAUCGAAAGAAUUUCACGUACAAGUACCACCACAAGUGGUGGGUUGAAGUUCAAAAUAAAAGGACGUCAAUUUGAUUCUGUUCACAAUUAUGUAUUUCGUUUUGUGAUAAAUACCACGCAUAAUGAAGAUAUGAAUUGUACACAGACCAAUGGUACAGAGCUGGUGUGUGAGACGCCGGAUUUAACGAACAUGUCUAUUGAACACAGUCGUUUACAAGUCGUUGUACUUCUUGAGAACGAUGACUUCUAUUGGAAACUGUGGACCAAAGACAAACCAUUUUACAUAAGAGUUCACCAAGAUCCUGAGAUCGAGGGUUUGAAAGAAAUUUUACACGACACACAUCUUCUGGAGCUACAGGGAAGGAACCUUGAGGGCUUACAAACAGAGGAUAUACGUGUUACACUAGAUGACAUAGAAUGCCCUAUGGUGGAUGUAACACCGACAUCGUUGAAGUGCGACUUAACAACUGCUAUAGAUAAAUACCAUAUUCUGGAGAGGGGUUUGGCACUAAGAACUAAGAUAACAAUUGGAAAUCUAGCCAUUUCUUUUGGACACGUGACCAUUCAACACCAAGCGAAGCUAAAUCUUACAGGGAACAAGACGAUAGUCCCAGUAACUUUGAUAAGUGUAUUAAUCGUUCUAAUGUUGAUUUGUGUCAUAUGUAUGCACAGGAAAAGGGUCGGACCAUUUAAACGAAGAAUACUGCGCCACGAGACAGUUAUUUUCCACGCCGACAGUUCUGUCCCACAGAUGUCCCGUAGACUAAUGCCGGAUCCCGAACCCGAGAGUAGUACGAGUGCCCGAUUAAAUGACUAUGUUGGAGAUUUCGAUGGGAAAAUGGAGCAGGCGUUUGGGGGCCUUUAUAAUGAUUUCAAAGACACGGUUGCAGUGCUUGAGAAACAAAACCUUCUGAUCGAUGGAGAUUCUUUACGAUUUGAUCGGAAUUGCUCUAAUUUGGGACGAGGGAACUUCGGUUGUGUGUACAAAGCAUUCCUCCAGAGACCUGGGGAUACCUUUGAACUCGUAGUGGCCGUGAAAACUAUAAUAAGAUCCACUGACGCCGACAUCAAUGCGUUCUUGAAUGAAGCACUGAUCAUGAAAGACUUUAACCACCCCAAUGUUCUCACAUUGAUCGGAAUCACUCUGGACAAAGGGGAAUUCCCCAUGGUCAUCCUACCAUUCAUGCAGAAUGGGUCUUUGUUGUCUUUUAUCAGGAAUGAGGACAAUAUGCCAACUGUCAAGCUUCUGGUGACCUAUGGCCUCCACAUAGCGCGUGGAAUGGAAUACAUGGCAGAAAACAAGUUUGUCCACAGAGAUUUAGCGGCAAGGAAUUGCAUGAUGGAUUCCGACUUCAUUGUAAAAGUUGCAGAUUUUGGAUUGACCCGGGAUGUUUAUUCAAAAGAAUAUUACAGCAGUGAAAACAAACAACGACUUCCGGUAAAAUGGAUGGCCCCCGAGAGCCUGGAACAAGGCAAAUACUCUGCUAAAUCAGAUGUCUGGUCCUUUGGGAUUUUACUAUGGGAAUUGAUGACAAGAGGAGCCAUCCCGUACCCGGAGGUUGAUAACUGGGAUGUCUGCACAUACAUAAAAACCGGAAGGAGACUGCCCAGACCGGAAUAUUGCCCGCCGCAUCUGUAUCGACUCAUGCGAAUGUGUUGGCAAGAAGAUCUAGCACAACGCCCCACAUUUAGUCGACUGAGGGAAGAAAUCGAACGACUUAUAGAUAUCAAAAACAACAGUAAAUUGGCCGGCGACACUCAAGUGGAGCUGGAGAGGUGCACACACUAUCAUUAUAUGGACGAGAUGAGUCUUGCCCGGCAACGAAGCCUGAGUACCAAAUGGUCUGUGUCAUCUGAGGAUGCUGCUUUGCUGUAAAAUCCGAUGUAGGAAAUCUGUCAAGAAUGGGGUUGUACUUUACUAGUGAGAGGAAUGGAGGGUUGUGCUCCAUUGCUUUGGCAGUUAUCGUCUGCUGCAGGAAAUUAUCAAAGGAAAUAUGUAGAGGAAUAUUGUCAGAUGUUCAUAUAAUCGUCAAUAGAUAUAAGUUAGAUUGGAUAUGGAUUGUGUUUAGUUAACCUGUGAAUUAUUGGAAUAAGUUUAAUACUUUCAAUUUAUCUUACGCUAUUUCAUAUCUGAAAAUUUGCUUUUCAUUGACAAUGUUUGCAGAUUUUAAGAUGGAACGUUUCAUUAGUGAUUAAGGGGUAUUGUUUACUAUUGGAUUACAAAUAUGUGCUUUCAGUGAUUACAUAUACAUCCCUUAUUAACAGUUCAAAAUACACAUCAGAAUGAUCAUUCAAUAAGGGCGGCAUAUCACCGAAAUGUCUUCAAACAAUUUAAAAAGUGUGCUAAAAUUCCUCGGGGAUUAAUAUGUGUUCACGUUUGAUUUUUCUCAUUGCUUUUGUCAAUUCAGAGCAAUGCCCAACUUACAAUUUGUGUUUCAUAUUUCCACCUCCAUAUUUAAAAGACGUCAAUUUAUCUACAUGUAAGUUGAAUUAGAAUGAUGUUCAUAACUUGCCCAUUUUCGUUGUUUACACUUUGAUCUCCUAUAACAUAGGGCCUGAGCUGGACCACAGGACAGCUAGUCUUGAACUGUUAUUCGUUUUUUAUGAAGAAUUUUGUAAAUAUAUUGAAAUAAAAAAAACAUUAAAGCGU